GGCCGUAUCCGUGCGCGUGUGUAAGCUGCGCGCUGCCGCCAACGCUUCGAGACGAAUUUCCAUAACGAACACGGACGGCGGCGGUGGUGUAGACAAUGUGCGCGCGGUGCGUUCUUUGAACUCGAACCCAUUAGAAAUGCUAAACCCGGGUACCGCCGUGCCGGGUCGUUGUAAAUGAUGCGCGUGCGUUUACGAGUCGAGGAGCCGACAGAGGAACUGUGCGCGUGCGGUGACGAGAAGAGCGGAGGGAAAGAGUCACAAAAGGCACGUAAUUGUGAACGUACAUCGUUUGCCGGCGCGUCCGUAUUGUUCGGGCGGUGGGCGCGCGCGUACGAGCGUUGUCCGCGCGCGCGCGCGCGCGAGGGGACCACGUGGGUUGACACCCAUUCCGCGACCGGCAGCCAAUAGCUCGCCGCGGCCUUUUGCGCGAGGGGUCCCCUAGGUGCCCCUUGCGAACGGAACCUAGUACGAAAACAUGGCCGUUUGCGCGUACGUACCAUCGCGAUAAUUAUCCACACGGUAUUAUGCGUUAUUACAUCGCCACCGUCGUCGCAACUACUGCUUCGUCGUCGUCGUCGAUUUUAAUUUUUUUUUGCAAAUUUCGUUUGUUUGAACCCGCGCUGCUAACGGUUAUCGCGCACGACGGUCGUAGUGUCGCGGACGCGGUCGAGGUGUGUGCACGCGCGGAACACCGUCAACGUUUGCUGGACACCGUUUCCCGCGCGGGGCCGGAACAAUAGCCCCGCGGUGGCGCGUGCGCUCGACGAUUAUAUGAUGAUGAUGAUGAUGAUGAUGAUGUGUUAGGCGAAUGGUGCAGUAAUGUAACCUGGCUGUUCGCCGACCUGCGACGACGCACCCUGCAGUGCCUUUAACAUCGUAACAAUAUUUUCGCCAAACAUGUACUCUGCGCAUUACAACGGAUUCACGUUUCAAGGCCAAGGGCGUGUAAACCAGCUGGGCGGUACGUUCAUCAACGGCCGACCGUUGCCCAAUCUGGUCCGAUUGAAAAUUGUCGAGAUGGCCGCGGCCGGCGUGCGGCCCAGCAACAUUUCUAGGCAGCUCAAAGUGUCGCAUGGUUGCGUGUCCAAGAUUCUCAACAGGUACCAAGAGACAGGAAGCAUCCGACCGGGCAUAGUGAACAGCGAUCAUGUCCAAAAAAGUUGUUCGAAACGUAAUUCGUACUGUCCAGAAGAAGUCAGAGACACCACCAUCAGACCAGAUCGUCAUAGUAAUUACUCAAUUGACGGAAUACUAUCAGGAAGAACCGGUGACGUGGAUGUGCCAUCGGAACCAGGUAUCGUGAUAUCCAGGAAACAGAGACGUGGAAGGACAGCGUUCACGGCCCAACAACUGGAAGGAUUGGAAAGAUCGUUUUUAGCCUGUCAGUACCCGGACAUCGCGGCUCGAGAGUCCCUGGCCGUAAAAUUCGGACUCCCGGAACCUCGGGUUCAAGUACCGCGGACUGGAGACUUCAGCCCAGCGUCCAGUACAACGGUUACUACGACGGGUCAGCGUGGGACGGAUACCAGCAGAACGCUCGAGCCAACGGGGCCCAUCAGUACGGAGACAUAUUCAACCCGACCGCCGCCGCCGCUGCGGCUGCCGCGGCUUACAACGGGUCGCACAACGGAUUUGCGGUCAACCCAACCAAGCGUUUGCCACCAGCGCUGCCGCCGCCACCGCCUCCACCGCCGACCGCUAUCCCUGUCGCCGCAGCUUCCGCCACCGCGUCCGUGGGAUACCAUAAUCAUGGUUCGUCUCCGUCGACCGCGGUCAGCCGCUGGACGCAGUUCAGCAAACCCACCGUCGCCACCGCUGCCACCGCCACAUUGACCGACUGCUCAUCUUAUUUCAACAACAAUCUAUUAUGAUAUCAUACCGUUAUACACUGUCGUUAUCGUGUGAAUCGCAUAAAAUAAUGUCAUGCGACGCGGUCGUUUGUUGUUGUGACGAUACCGCCAUAGGCGUGAUUAAGGGUGGGAGAGGGCUAAAGGGGAUAUGCCCCAUAAAAAACUUCCAAAAUCCCCCCCUCCCCAUAAACCAUGCAGAACUUUAUAUUAUAAUAUUGAUAAAUAAAAAAAAUAUGUGAUUACUAUUGAAAAAAUAAAAUUUUUUUUAUUUUUAAGUCUUACUUGCCCUCCAAUAAGCACAUUUUUCAUAGAAGGUGAAGGGUGGAAAAAAAGUUUCUGGGAGGCACUGAUUGAAAAAUAUAUAGGAAGGGCUGAAGCCCCCCAAAGAUUUUACUCAAAUUGCUCUUACGGAUACUGCGUAAAAAGAAUGCUCAACACACGUUUAUCAUAUUCGCAUCGGAGACGGCCAACGAUUUCCGGGUAAAGAUCCACCCAAUGGCGUAGGGUUUCGGAGGUUCUAACCUCGUCCUCGAUCGCCAAAAUCCCGACUAGCGAAUAAAUAUGUAAUGAGUAAAAAUAAUCGUUACCUAAAUACAUCAAACCUAACCUGCCCCACCGGUAAAUAAUCUUUACCUACGUCCUCGGAUCCGACAAUAAUUGUCCGACAAUAAUUGUCAAUUAUUGAACACUCGUGUCGGAGUAUAAAUGGAUAUUUACCGCGAACGCGCGAAAUUACGAAUCACCCGUAUUGCGUCCUUAAUAUUUUCACGUCAAUCAACUGCGUUCGACCACCAUUGACGAUCGAUAUGCGUGUAGGGCUCGUGACCGAUCGCACCAUUUGUAUUCCGCGUCGAUCGCGAUUGAUCGUGUGUAGGUUACACGCACCGUGUUAGCGACGGCCGCGGAUCCGAGAUCAAUUUUACGGUUCAUAGUUAUACAAAACGAUGAACGUGGUCUAACACCGUUAAUAAUCAUAUGAAUCGUGAUUGAUUCGUACUCGUAGAAGUCCGUCGAUCGUAGAACGUUUCGUUCUGUACGUCGCUACGGCUGGUGACAUUAUUAUAAACAAUUUAUAAGGCAUAUUUUGGCCAUAGUAGUGACCAGUGGUGUACAUACGGGGGGGGGGGGCCAAGUUCAAACCCCCCCAAACCAAAAAAAAAAAAUUGUUAUUG